CAUGGAGUGAGCGCGCCGCUGGAAAAUAGAAACAGACGAACGUUUUGGGAGAUAGAACUAGAUUGGCUAUCUUUUUACAUUGACCUUGGGUUGUUGUAAACAAUUACAACGUUUGUUCAUGUAUAGUUGCUGAAACAUCUAUAUUUUUCACUCAAAGUUAACUUUACGCGUAUUUUUCCUUCUGCGAACACAAAUAGAUAUUGCCUAUUUAUCCAUAGAGCAUCAUCGCAGAAGCUUGAUAGUGCUGAAGUGAGAACACCAGCGGAUGUGAGGAGAUAGUGUUUUUAUAGACUCAACCCCCUUUUCUUUCAAUCAUUCUCUUUCUUUUUGUUUGGUCCAACAAUAGAGAGAGAGAGAGAGAAAUAGGGAGAGAGAGAGAGAGAGAGUCACAGGCAUUGGACCUGCUUUUAUGCCGUCAGUCUUGCGGACCCUGAGAUGGACGUGAGAUUUUAUCCAGCACCCCCUUCAAGCGUGGGCUCAUGUACAUUACCAACUGAUUCAAGUUGCCUGACCUCUUUGGACUAUUAUCACUGCAACAAGAGCAGAUACGGUGUAUCAGACGACCGCGGCGUUCGACUUUAUAGCUCCCUGCCCAUGCGCCCCAACCCCAACGGGAAGAGACUGCCCUCUGCUGGGUUUGAUGGUGACAACAUGUACAUGAAUGAAAAUAACCAGGAGUUUCUCUCCCCAAAUCAGAGCUAUUCCGGACAGGGAGGAGGAGGAGGCGGUGGGAACGGUGCGGGGGACGAGGACUACGAGAUCCCCCCCAUCACCCCUCCUAACCACGCCGAGCCCUCCCUGCUCCACCUGAUGGACCCAGAGUCGGGCUACCUGUGCCACUCCCUAGGGGCCCACCACAACGGCCUGCUCAACCCCUACUCCUACCAGGAGCUGCCCGCCCUCAUGAUGUCCAAUAUGCUGGCCCAAGAGGGCCACCUGCCCUCCAGCCAAAUGCCCUCGAUCCAGGAGAUGACUCGCCACGACGGCUCACAUUAUGACCUCAGCCGUCACAACCCCCAUCUGAUAAACAUGUCACCUAGGAUACUGUCCCAUCAGCCCAUGAGUGCACUGUCCCAACUGAACUCUCAGGUUGGCCGGAGCGCUCUUACCCAUGGUUCUCCCUCACCUCCUGGAAGUAAAUCAGCCACACCCUCUCCCUCAAGCUCUACACAGGAAGAGGAAACCGAUUCCCACCAUAAGAUGACGGGCGAGAAGCGGCCUUCCUCAGAGAUGAUGAAGCCCAAGACCAAACCGCAGAAGAAGAAGAAGAAAAAGGACCCCAACGAGCCGUCGAAACCCGUGUCGGCCUACGCCCUCUUCUUCAGGGACACCCAGGCGGCCAUCAAGAGCUCCAACCCCAACGCCACCUUUGGGGACGUGUCCAAGAUCGUGGCCUCCAUGUGGGACAGCCUGGGAGAGGAGGCAAAACAGGGCUACAAGAGGAAAACAGAGGCGGCGAAGAAAGAGUACCUGAAAGCCCUGGCCACGUACCGAGCCACUCUGGUUACCAAGAACUACAAUGACCCUGUGGAGACGAAAAGUAUCCAGACGAACCAGCCUUCCUCCCACAUGAUGCCCCCCAAUCCACCCCUGUACAGCGUGCCACCCCAGCCCUCCUCCCCCUACAGUCUGGGGCCAGGGGGCUUCCCCCUGUCGGACAUGCAGGGCUACGCGGGGGCUACGCGUCACGCACUCUCCCGGACCCUCAGCCAGUCUCAGAUGCUGCCCAGCAUUAGUGCCUCUCCCCCUUCCUCCUUCCAGAUCAGCCCGCCCUUGCACCAACAGCUCUCCAUGCACCAGAACUCCCUCCUCAACCAGCCAAUCCGCAUGCAGCACGGCCAGUCCCAGCCAAUUAUCUCCCACCAGAUGGGACUCCAGGCAUCCCUUCACUCACCUCCUCCUGGCCAGCAGGGAUUUUCCCACCUACAGUCAGAGUACCAUAAAAGUGUGGGUUCCCAGUCCCCAGGGGCCCCUAACCCUGGAGGGAGACAGAACCACGAGUGGGAAAGUGAAUACUGCGAUCGGGAGUGUGGUGGCAACCACUGCAGUGGCAGCAUGAUAGCCAGGGACAAGCCACUCUACCUCACUUGAAACUGGAUGUCGCCGUCGACAA